CAGUUUCACUCUUAUUGAUCCAGAGCCCUGAGGGAGAGUUCCCCAUCUGGGGCCUCUCCCUAGAUCCCAGAUGAUGCAGUUGGGAAUAAGGAAUAGAGGAAAGUGUGAGAGAAAGAAAGAGGCCAGUUCCCACAGACCCUGGGGAAGUGGGAAGGCCCAGGGGAUCUGCAGUGAUUUCCUGUCCUCUGUUUGGAAGUGUGAGUCCACUAGGCUUUUAUUUUGGGUCUAGGAAGGGGGUGGGGCAGGUUAGGCUACUUCUAGACUUCUGAGAAGAACAGGCUUUGGUGACAAAGACAGAGAGACUGGCGUGAUUGGGGAAUUCAAGGGGUAGGAAUGAAGGCAUCUAGUGGAAGAAGAAAUCUCUAUUGGCUUAUAUGCACAAGGACCAUCUUAUUGGUAGGCUUCCAAGAUGCACCUUUCUAUUCCCUUCUCUUGCUAACAAAGGAUGACAUGAGUUUCCUAUAGAUUCCCAGGUUCUAUGGCCAAUUCUGACAGAUGUCUGCCUUGGGCUCUGUCCAGCUUUCUGAAACCUGUCCAUGCAUCUCACAACCAGAUGUCCCUCAGGAAGCCUUUGCAAGGUGGUCAUCGCUGGAGGUGGUCAGAUUCUGAGGAGGUUCCUUCUUUCCCUUUCCCUUUCCCCAGAGUAAUUAACUCCAGCAACUGAAUCCACGACCCCUCAGGGUGACCAUCUUUCAGCCCAGCAUCUCUAUAGGAGAGCUAUAUGGCUAGGAUCCAUCUGUGGUUCUAACUAAGCACAACCCAGUGUGGGAACCUGGGAGGCAGGAGCAGGAAGCUGUUUUGAGAGCAGCUGGCCUACUGUUCUGUGUCCAAGAGCAUACGCCUGGGAGAGCUGGCCUUCUGUGACUGGUGUCAACUGCUUCCCUUCCCCCAAUCACAUUUCCCAUUUUACCCCUUACACAAGGAAGUCUGGUUCUGCUCUAAUUCCUACGUGUCCAUUGGUGCCUGAAGAUGAACCAGGAUCGCUUAGGUUCUUAAUCAUUGUUUGCCUCCAUCUGUUCCUAACACUUCUCAGGGCCUGGAGUUCCCAGCAGAUGGGGGGUUAAGGCUGAUGUCCCAUUCUUUUCACUCCCCUCCCCUCGCUCACUUCAAAAUCUCCAUAAAACCCAAGCCACUGUUCUCCUGACCCCAAAGUGGUAGCUCAUUUCCAGUGCCGAAGAGCUUUGGGACAGUGAACCCGGGCCCAGGCCCAGCUAUCCAGUCUUCCCUUUCACUACCAAUACUAAGCCCAACAGCCAGGUGGGAGGAAGAGACUUAGAAAACCUCGAGGAUCCUGAUUGUGGGAGACAUCUCUUCAGGGCUGGGCUGGGGCCCCAGCAUCUGGGUCCAGGACUAUGUCUGCUAACAAGGACUGGUGGGUGCCACCUGAGGGUGAGGGCGGUGUCUCUGAGAAGUUUCUGAGGAAGUCCAGGGAGUCGCCACUGGUGCCUGUGGGCCUGGGGGGCUGUCUGCUGGUGACGGCUUAUGGCAUUUACCGGCUAAAGGCCCGAGGCCCCCUCAAGAUGUCUCUACACCUGAUCCACACUCGCGUGGCAGCUCAGGCCUGUGCUGUGGGCGCCAUCAUGCUGGGUGCAGUGUACACCAUGUACUGUGACUACAUCAAAAGAACAGCCUGUGACCCUGAGGAGAAGUAGGAGUUGUGGAGGCUGGGACAGGCAGAUCCUUUAAAUGAGUCCCUUGUAUGCUUCCAAUAAAGUGAUUCUGAAGAUAAGCAACAGUCUGUUCUUAACACAGGGAAGCACUCAAGUAGGUGAUGCGAUGGCAGCUGGUGUGAGGGCUUAGGGGAGGGGGCUGGGAAGGAG